ACGUAAAGCCGUAUCAUCGCAGUUCGUUCGGUCGGCGAAAUAUUCGCCGUGACACGGUGCCGCGCCGUUCCGUUUCACAGAAUUUCUGCGGAAUCGACACAAACCGAAUGAAAAUGAACAGCGUUCACAUUUUCGUCUUUCUCCUAUUCGCCAGCUGCGUAACCGUCCGAGGUUUCGAGGUGCAGCAUCUGGCCGACAUUUUAGGCAUACCGAAAAGCCAAUACGUCGAAUGCGUCGAGGGAAACGAUCUAGAUAAACCCGCUUUCAUUAGGAUCUCGCAGCUUUUGGGAGCCAAGGAGCUGAACGCGGAGGACCAGAAAUUGAUGAACAGGUUCAGUUGCUUCCUGGCUUGUAUUUUCACGAAGGGGAAAAUCAUGGACGAGGGUAAGAUUCAAUUCGACACUAUAUUGCAAUUGGCGGACGAAAACGACGUACCUCUCACCGCCGAGAUGAAGGAGAACCUGAACGUUUGCAUCGACGAAGCAAACAAGAAGUUGGACAACUGCGAAGCGUCUCUCGCCUUCUCCACGUGCGUUAAUGAUCGUUGGUUCCGAUACGGACAAUAAUUCCUCAAUGACUGAUAAGGGAGCCUCGGACAUCGCAACAACGCUGCAUCAUGUAUCGUGAAAUGACAACUUCAGCAUGAAUAAACCGAUCAUAAAAAUAUA